AUGGUAUGGCGUGUUCCAGGGAAACUGCUGGAAGUAACGCCAGGCGAACAGCUGUGGUUUGGAUCAUCCAAGACCAAGCAGACGAUAACGCUGAGCAACAUCCGAAGAGCUGGAGUCGCCUUUAAGGUGAAGACCACGUCUCCGGACAAGUUCCGCGUGCGUCCCAGCAGCGGGGUGGUACCCACCGGGCGGCGCGUGGUGGUGGAGCUGGAGCUGUGUGACGGCGUCACACCGCAGCACGUCGUCACGGACCGCUUCCUCAUCCUGGCGGCCGGCGUACCGCACGAGCGCGUGCCUGCCCGCGACAUGGGACGCCUCUGGAGGAGCCUGCCUAGCGGAGACAAGCUGGAGCACUGCCUGCGCUGCGCGGCCGCGCCCGCGCUCAACGACCCGCUGAUGGCGCUGGUGCGCGGCCUCGGCACCCGGCUGGAGGCCGUCAGCCAGCGGCUGGAGAAGCAGCAGCAGCUGGCUACGGAGACGGAGCAGCAGUACGCCAAGACGCGCCGCCGGCUGGGCGUGGCGCUGGCGCUCAUCGCCGCCACAGCCGUCGCCAACCUGUGUCUGGCGCUCACCGUGACCAGGUGUUGAACUCCUUGGCCGUCACUGUUGGCCAGCAAGCGGUGAGAAGGCCGCCGCGGGAGGGAGCCAAUCCAGACGAACCAUGUGGGUUGGUCGCCACACUGGCAACCCACGCUCCGAAUGUCGUCGAAGGCAGGCCAAUCCACCAGUCGACGCCGUGAAGCCGUUCUUACCUCAGAAAUGUUACCCCGGGCUGUGGUCGGUCCAAGAGAAACCAAAGGGCAGAGCUGGCGUGCAAUCAAACAUAGGAUAGCAAGUCAGAAGUCUGUGGGAGCAUCUGCUUUUUGGUAGCGGAGGCCGCGCUCCCGUCUGGCGCAGGCUGGUUGGGCUACCAGUGUCACGAGUGCCAGAGCACGUACUCUGACCGGUGGUGUGCGUGCUUCCAAGUGUUCAGCUCAGACAUUUAGCUGCUGAUCACACGCGUGUGUGACAUCAGAUCUUAAGGUGCCAGCUGUCGUCGUCAGGAAGUUCAACGUGUUGGCUGGCCGUUAGUGACGUCUUUGAUCGUACCGAUGGAGUGGCGGCUCGGGAGAAAGCCAACAAAUAUAUGAAUCAUACAA